AGCACACUGACCUAUAAGCAGUGCUCUGCCCAAGCUCACUGAAGGAAGCUAGUUUUAGCCUUCAGACAUCUCCUUUUUCUAAUUAUCCUUUAGUUCCAGCAUUCUGCUCUGGAUCUGGUGCUAUCUUUCUGCCAGGAGAGACAGAGUGAGAAUGAAAAUACAAGAUAUUUGAUGACACUAUGUUUCUUAAUUUCGUCAGUGAGAGGAACAAUGCCAAGGACAUCGACUUCCAGGAUGUGAUCAAACUACCUCUUCUUCUCUGACACAGUAUAAAUAGGAGGGAUUUUAGUGAGAACCUGGUCAGAAGAGAAGCACUGUUUCUCACACAGUAACUCUACCUGAGAGCAGACUAUUUAUACUCCAUAACCCCUUUACAUCUAGGGCCAAGUGCAACUCCAUCAAAGUCAGGACUCCAAAAGGUAAGGAGACACAGCCUCUGCCUUAAGCCCUUUGAGACACAGUAUUAGCAAAUGGUCCAGCUCUUUUGAAUGUAUACUUACUGAUUUAAUAAUUUCAUAUAAUAAAGAUAUAUGAAACAUUGUUAGCAAGUUCAGAUGAUAUUUGCAUUCUAAUGACAGCUGGUGAGCAUGUUAAUUUAAUCACUGUACAAUCUGUACCUAGGGCAGCAUGGCUGAAAGAGAGACAAGGUUUUAUUGAGGAUGGUUUAUAUUGUUAAUCUCUGAUCUUUGAAUUCUGGCACAGCUUACUGUAAUGUCACUUGUGUAGCAUGCCAGUUGUCAUCUGUAACUUCUACGGUAUUGCAAGCCUUCCCGUGUAGCAGAAUAUAUAUUUAUAUACAUUAGAACAAACUAGAACAAACUCUUCUUUGAUUCAUCAAUUGGUUGUUUCAAAUAAAAUCAUACUGCUACACUGCAAAUCCAUAACUCAAUCGCUCUCUCUCUCUCUUCUCCUUUCUUUUUGCAAAUCCCUUAUUGCUGUCUGCAGUGCCUUUUGGAGAUUUCUAAAAUGUAUUUUUAACAGAAAUAAAACUUGGAAUGGGAUAGUGGUUCUUGUUUUAAAUAUUAUUUUAUGUGGUAGCAGAUAUUUUCCACACUGUGACUUAACUCUUUCUCUUCUGGACUAAUGUGAUCAACUGUUCUGGCAUAAGUAUCCUUAAACUGAGAAUGAUUGUAUAUUGCUGUUAAGUGGAAGAACAUGAAUUUUAUACAUUUUCUGAAACUUUUUUUAUGUUGGAGACACCGACAUAUUUAUAAAGUACAAUAAUUGUACAUUUUAAAUACCAUGUUCAUUCUUCAUCAACAUCCAUGAAUCAUAAGGGUUUGGGGGAAUUGACAACCAAAUGUCAAACUUAACAAAAUGGUCAAGUUGCAAAAAUUUACCAACAUGGCAUUAUCCAAACUUUUCAUUACAAUUCACAGUUUAGCAGAUAAAUCCUGAAAAGUGAUAUACGAAAUUAAACUCUGUUUUGGUCAAAGAUCUGCUGUGUAAGCAGUUGUGAUAUCCUUCCAGAUUAAAUAUGCAUUUAUCAAGGCUGGGACGGAUUACAGUUAAGAUGAUUCAUAUUAUGAGCAGAAGUUUUCCAUAAAACAUAUGCUUAGAUAAUGGUGUUCCCAUGGUCUUGGGGGAAGGGGCAUGUUAUGCAGCAUUACUAGAUUUAAUUCCUGUUGGAUAAAAAUGGUCAGGACUGUCAUGAUCGCAAGGGGUUUACCUAACUGUGGUCCUGUAGGGGGUUAACAUUAUAUCCUAAGUUUAGAUAGUAUUUCCAUCUGACACUAAAAUAUUUGUGCAAAUACCAAGGGCUUCUUGGGGUUUAUCUGUCUCAAUGAAUAACUGUUUCACUGCCACAAACAGCUAUGCGUUUCUCUUUGAAAGAUGUUAUGCCGUUUGGAGAUAUGUAAAACGCUUUAUUCAGGAUUUAGAUAUUACUGAAGAAGGAAGCAACAAGGCAAUCCAAUGUUUACCAAGGGUGGCACACAGAAUGAACAUUUACAUAUGGAGGAAUAGUUAAUAUGAACGUAGUUUUCACAAUUCCUAUAUUUACAGACAGACCUGUGUUUAUGUGUGUUAUCCAAUGAAAAACAUGGAGCGUGAGGGGUGUGGUGGAAUAGCCUUAUAGUGUAGGUAAAUACUUACACUUUUCAUACUGAGAGGAUAGCUGUAUGUGACUGGCAAUGUGGCUGUAUGUGACUGGCAGUGUGGCUGUAUGUGACUGGCAGUGCGGCUGUAUGUGACUAAGUAUAUGGCAGUGUGGCUGUAUGUGACUGGCAGUGUGGCUGUAUGUGACUAAGUAUAUGGCAGUGUGGCUGUAUGUGACUGGCAAUGUGGCUGUAUGUGACUGGCUAUGUGGCUGGCAAUGUGGCUGUAUGUGACUGGCAAUGUGGCUGUAUGUGACUAAGUAUAUGGCAGUGUGGCUGUAUGUGACUGGCAGUGUGGCUGUAUGUGACUGGCAAUGUGGUUGUAUGUGACUAAGUAUAUGGCAGUGUGGCUGUAUGUGACUGGCAAUGUGGCUGUAUGUGACUGGCAAUGUGGCUGUAUGUGACUGGCAGUGUGGCUGUAUGUGGCUGGCAAUGUGGCUGUAUGUGACUGGCAAUGUGGCUGUAUGUGACUAAGUAUAUGGCAGUGUGGCUGUAUGUGACUGGCAAUGUGGCUGUAUGUGACUAUAUGGCAGUGUGGUCUGUGAUUGGUAGUAUACUCUGUCCAAUCAGAUUCAUGCAUACUUCAGAUUGCAGAAAGAUAUAUAUGGUGGACUGAACUAUGAUUGGUAGUGUACUCUGCCCAACCAAUGAUUCAAACUACAAAAAUAUGGUUCAAGGGACUGUGACUGGUGCUAUACGUGUCAGACAGAAAUUUUCCAAAUCAGCAAUAUUUGUGUAAAUGUUGCCAUUUGUAUUUCAAUUUACUGCAAUGCAGAGUUUAGUGAAUAAAACCUUGUGUUAGGCAUUAACAACUGCUGAAACUAUGGAGAUCAAAGAUCUUAUUAUACAGCACAAUUAUCUUGUAACUCCCUUAAAUCUUCCUCCUGUUGUUGAAUAACAUUUCUGAUCAUUCUUUCUCAAGGAACAAAGUCUUAGUAUCCCUGUGUUUCUAGUUUCUUGUGCAAAAUGUGAUUGGGAGUUCCUAGUAAUAUAGGCUCCUCACAGGUAUUUCUAAAAGUUGUCUAUUGCAUUUUAUGAACAAAUUCAGGAAAAUGUGUCACCAUGGAAACCAAUGGAAUGUUCCCAAAGAUUAUUUACUUUUAAAACAUUUUAGAAUAACCCCUUAUACAAAAUGCAUAAUUCCAGUGAGAGGGUUGGUUUCAAGCUGCAGUGGCACUAUCAAUUAUUAUGGUUAUGGGUGAGAUUCAUAAUGGGUUCAAGUAAUAAGAAAGUUAGUUUAAUGAAUAGUCACACUAGCUAUUAUUGGUCACUGACACAUAGGUUUAAGACUUUGGCCUGGCCUAUUCCAUGCUAAUGUAGGAUCUGAUAGGAAAGAUCUGCUUCCCGUGCAUUGCAGAACAGAUAGCUACAGGCCAUUUCACAGUGAUAUUCUUCAGCAUUAGCAUGAUUUGUAAAAAAUGUUUUCUGUGUUGGUGUUAUGGGGGGAAAAAAAACGACAAAAAAACUAAGUUUAAAUAUUUAUAACCAAGAAUGGCAGCAAACGGAUGAAGCACCAGCUGGCUGCAGAACUCUUUCCAAGUACUGACAGAGGGAACAUAGCUUGUUUAUUUGUUAAACCCCACUCCCCUUAGCACUGGGGAGUUACGCAAAAAGUAUUGCACUGCCACGGAGUUUGAAGGAGACAAAAUUAUUUAGUGGCCCAGGAGUUUGGUUUCUGUUUGGAAUGUGCAAAGUCCUAAAAAAUGCAUUUGAUUGAAUCUUGUGGAAAAUAAAUACUUUUUUUUUUGUAUAAAACGGAAAAAAAAAAUAGUCUUGCAAAAUUGCUUCAUCCAUUUAUCUUCUCCCCCAUAAAACAGUGGUGAGAUACUGUUGAGGAAAAAGUAUAGGUAUAAACUUUGCAAAAACAGUGAAUGGAAAUACAAUAAUAAAAAAAGGCAAAUGUUAUAAUUUGCUGCAUUUGGUAUAAAUUGUUGCAGUCAAUCAUGACUUUUCCUUAACAUUUAAUGACAAUGCUAAGCUUAUUCCAUAAAUCACUGCACAUCAACUGAGUUGUAGUUGUCAGUUUUCUACUGUACAGGCAGACUGUAAACUAGAAUCAAGAAAUAAGGAAAUUCACCUCAGAGAAAUUCCUCCUGGGUAUUAAUCAGUUAACAGGCUGAUAAAGGUGAGUACAACAUUUAACGCUUUACGAGGAAAUUAAAGCUAAAUAGUAAAGGAUAGGUGUAAAAUGAUUUAAUUGGUAAACCAGCAGGCUUUAUUAUCAUUGCCUAACAUGUAUAACCCAUAAAUGAUUUUAUCCAUAUAGUUAUAAAAAUACAUGGAGUUGCGGUCAACAGCUUAAGGUCUCUCAAUUGUCAAACAUAGAUAAGUACAUCUGUCUCAAAGAGUAGAUAUCCAAAUUACAUAUAGUCUAGUUAAAUUUCCAGAUAAUGGUCCAAUUUGAAACCGUGGUACUAUGUGGUUAAAGAGGGAGAGUUUAAUUAAAGGAUCACUGUAGUGUCAGGAAAACAAAGCAGUUUUCCAGACACUAUAGUGCCCUGAGGGUGCCCCCACCCUAAGGGCCCCCCUCCCGUGGCACUGAAGGGGUUAAAACCCCUUCAGCAGCUUACCUUAAUCCAGCACCGGGCUCCCUCGGCGCUGGUGACCUCUCCUCCCCCACCCGACGUCAGUGGUGGCGAAUGUGCACCAAGUGCACCGCGCGCAUUCAAAGUGUCUAUAGGAAAGCAUUUCUUAAUGCUUUCCUAUGGACGCUCUGCGCGAUGGAGGCGAAAUGUGCCUCCAGCGUCGCAGAUGCGCCUCUAGUGGCUGUCCGGAAGACAGCCACUAGAGGCUGGAUUAACCCCAAAUGUAAACAUAGCAGUUUCUUUGAAACUGCUAUGUUUGCAUCUGAAGGGUUAAAACCAGAGGGACCUGGCUUUAACCACUUCAUUGAGCUAAAGUGGUCUGGGUGACUAUAGUGUCCCUUUAAGCUGUUGACUGGCUUGGAGCAACACCGGGGGACCGUAAACUUCCUCAAAUGUGUACAAAAGUGCAUUAUAGUGUUUGGAAUGCCAAUAAAAUGGCACUGAUAUUAUGCAGAAAUGCAUAACUGCAAAAAUGCGUGUUUGAAAUGUAAGCCGAGAGCGUCUGUGCUUAGUAGAGAAACGGCGGCUUCUGUUAAAAAUGACCAGUUACUUGAGGUAUUGUACUGCUCUUAAUUCUAAAAAAUGUGAUUCAAAAUUUGGGUUAAAAUCCUCGCAUUUAGCAUUCCUAAAACCCCAACACAUUCUGUGUACCACUAUAUAAUAUCUCAAGGUAUACAGUGGAAAUGCAGAGAUACUAUUACCUUCUACAUCUCUGCUUAUCCCUGGGAUGAGUAAUAAGAGAAGAAUUUGGCUGCAGUUUAACAGUUGUUUUUGUGUAUUAAGGAUUUUUUGGUUAGAACAUCCCUUUACGUCAUGCGGUUUGGAGCAUUUCAAAAAAGUAUUUUUCUUUAAUAUAACUGCGAUAAUGUUACAUAAACUCUACUACUUGAGGAUGCUGGCACCUCUUGAAGUUUAUACAACGGCAAGAAAGUUAUCUUGUAGUUUUGCUUAGCAGAGGACAUUUGUUUACUAAGCAAGUCUCUAGAUAUGCUUUUUGAAAAGUAAAAUUCACAUAGAUUGUAUUAAUAUCGAUAAAACUGAGAUACAACAGGUCAAAGAACCAGUGUAGCAAUGAAUAGGUUUAUUAGUCCUUUAAGCACUGUGCAAAAGCAUGUGACCGUUAUCCAUCCCUUAGCUAUAUCUGAAAUAGACGUUUCUGAGAAAUCACGACUUUGGAUGGUAAUUCUUCUUGGCACGUCCAGGUUUCUAAUGUUGCAUUUAGAAAUUUAUAUAUUUCAUAUAAUUAUCCUAACAUUUGUCUCUUACCCUAUGUGAGUCACCUUAAUGAUUGUAAGAUUAUGGCUUAUUCACAAUAUGUGACUUUUGAAAAAAGCCCUCAAUCUGACCUUUUUUUUUUUUUUUUUUUAAUUCAGAAUAAUCAUCAUCAUCAAGAAAAGCUUGAUUUUAUCUCAUCAGUCUUAAAACAUCAGAAGUGUUUAAACCAUGACUUCGGCUCUAACUUGGCUUUUUCCACUUGGUGUUCUGUUUGUCCUGGUCGUUCACUGCCACUGCAUGUUUCUGCCCAACUCCACCUUCUUAGAGGAUCUUCUGAUCAGAUACAAUGAUGAGAUACCACAUUCCAGAAGCAGGCGAGCCAUUGCUAGGUCGGACAGAGAGGAGAUUCUGCAACUUCACAACAAGCUCAGAGGGCAGGUUCACCCGUCUGCAUCCAACAUGGAGUACAUGGUGAGUCCACAGAAAUGUCACCAUUACAUAAACGGUCAGAACAUAUGCUUUGGAAAUUACCUGCUAACCAUGUUUAUCCAAUACAAAAAUAAGCUAUAUAUUUUAAUUAGGAUACCACAAAAGAACUGUCCUUUUACAUGCGAGCUGCGCUAUAAACAGUUAUGCCUUUUCAGAUCCACUGAGUUUUGCUGUUACCAUAUGGUCAAAUCUUGGUGGCUGGGAGGUAAUAAGAAGAACCUUGAUCAUAAAACAUGAUGGCAGGGAUCUUUUUCUUUAGAAAGGCUGCAUGUUAUAGACUUAUUUUUUUCUUUGCUGCCAAUCACUGAUUGAGUGGAAGUUAUUAACUAAACUUCCGUUUAAGGUCACUUUAUUAGCAUCUGUGUUUAUGGUAACCUAUGACCCAUAACCUCAUCAACAAUAAGGUCAGUGAUAGACACACAGAUCAAUAAAAGGAAACAAAUAAUGACUUGUCUUGAACUACAUGUUUGCAAACAAAAGCACUGACUGUAAUUGUGAGGGCUUGAUGUCUCUGUGACAUUUUCAACAUCCUCUGGGAUCAUACCUUAGAGAAACCCAUGACUCUGAAUUUUAUUUUAGAACUUUAAAUUACUAAGCCAAAAGUAACAGUAAGUCAAAGCACUUUCAACGUAGUCUAAAUGAUCUUUCUUUCCUGUUAAUAAACUCUUUAAAAAACAUGCCAUUUUAGAGUCCCACCAGAAGUCUUUAUCAUUUUCUUAUUUCAUCAAAGCAUAAGUAAAAAUAAGUGUCUGACGGAGAUGUAGCAAAUUUUAAUAUUCAUUGACACUGCCCGUAUGUCCAAGCCAAUUACCAAUGGCAGUCAGGAAGCCAAUUUGUUAAACUGCUUACUGUAGUGAUACACCUCUUCUUUUUAUAAGUAGUCCAUAUAGGAAUAUAGGAAGGGUAAACUGUGAGUAAAAAAUGGGGUAUACCAUGGAUGUUUUAAACAGACACAAUGAGUCUCUCUGGGGCAAUACAAAGUGUAUCAACAUUAUAUGCCAUAAUUUAUUUUUAUUCUUUAUUUUCAUUUUCUGUGCAUAAAGAGUAAUCAAAACCCACGCUGAAUGCCAUAAUCAUAGGAACAAGUGGUUAUGUAGAUAACAGAGUAGUACACGUACAUGGCAAUUAUGACAGUUUUACUUUUUGAGUGGGCUAUGCAGUUUUAAGGCUCUGUCCAGCUUUAGAAUAUUGAUUAGGUACUGUGUGGCGUUGCUUGUGGUAGCAUGACUGUAUUAUUCUUAGGGUAUUGCCGUCAGGUGAGGGUUCGCUUGAUAGGGCGGUCUAUUUCGAUAGGUGUAGUUGGGAGUACUCUUGGGCGUUUUUAGUGCUUGAGGUCGCGUCUAUACGUAGCUUUGUCAGGUCGUGGGACCCUGGGUAUGGUAGCUUGUUAGUCCAGUGUAGUCGUGAUUUGCUGUGGGUAUGCUAGGGUGUUUGGGGGGCGAGGGUAGUGGCCUGUGCCUAGUGGUGUUAUAAGCUCGCAUACCGGGUUAUACCUGGCGCGUCGCCUGCUCACAACCAAGCUGACUUUUCCUCAGUCCUAUAGGGGCUCCGGGAAGGGGGGGUGGGAGGGAGAGUAUUGUACGUAAUACGUCACCGGAGUUUGCUUUUCAGGUCUCACCUGAGUAGGCUCGGAGAGUCUUGUCGGUUGGUAGGUACACUUAAACAAUAAACAUGAGAAACAUUACAAACAAGAGAACAUAAAAAGUGGUAUGCUUGUGUGGAAGGCUCAGCUGUGAGACCCUUUAGGUCUGCCUGCCACAUUUGCUGGCAAUUGCGUUUGAGUCCAGCCAGCAUGUCUUGAAUGUCCUGUUUGGAUGCUGGGCACCUAUCCCAUUGGUCUGAGGGGUCCCUUUCUGUUGUGGAUGCAGCCAAGCUGUGUGGGGAGCAUAAGCCUAUGUCCCACUGUGGCUGGGGAGCGUGUGAGGUCGGUUUUUAAGACCUCCGUCCCAUCUCCUCAGGGGUGUAGAUGUCUGAGGUAGAGAGCUGUGUGCCGGUCUCAAGCCACGUUGCUAGCUCUCCGACUAGGUCUUGCGGUCGGGCGCCCAUGUGGUAGGCCACGGUGCCUCGUGCUCGGCUGAUAUCAGCCGGUUUCUGCCCUGUAAAACGGCGACCGCUCCGUUGUGCUGCUAGGCUCUGCCCCUCAAGAGUAUAUGCUAUUUUAUUAUUACGUUGAGAGCAAUACAUUUUAAACUUUUGAUUCUAAAAGAUUUUCUCACAACAAAGUAAAUUGUAGACAUUGGCAAUCAACAAAUAUUUUGGCCAAAAAAGACAAAUUGGAAAAAUAUAGUGCAAUAAAACAUAUUUACAAUAUGGUAUAUACAAAUGAUGUAAUGUGGUAGUCAAUUCACUGUUUAGAUAAGAAACAACUUUUGUAGCCACAUGUCACUUAAAGGUUUACUCCAAACACCACAAUCACUUCAGUGGUGUAAAGUGAUCAUAGUGCUUGAAGUCCAUAUGUCCAGAAUCUAGCUAUUAAACGCUGCAGAUACUAAGUUUAAUCCCUAUGCUGCUGGACGACUUCAUUAGCUGGCCUGGAACAAGAGUUCCAGGAGGCUAAUGUUAAUUCUGCAUAUAUUCAUAUGUACAGAAUUGCCCUUAUUGGCUGAAAAUGAUCAGUUGACACUCUCAGCUAAUGAAUGGCUGGUGGGAUCAAACACUGACUUCAGAAGCUCUGCAGAAGCCAGAUGCAUGUCAAUGGCCACUGAAGGACCACCGGUGCCUUCUUUCCCAUGUCAUUGUAACGGACAGGGUGCUACUUGGUACAGGGCUAAUCCAGGUAGCAUUAAGCCUUAAUUGUAUUCCAUUUUCAAAUCUCUACUGCUUGAAAACAUUCGAAAGAAAAAUAUAUUAUAGUUCCUGUCCCCUCCUUUGUUCAUAGCUUUACAAUCAAUAUAACUGGGCACUGGACUGAGCAAGGUGCUGAAUCUGAGCCAGUAAGGAGAUUUAUUAGAAGGACAGAUGCUCUAAUGCUGGCGAGAGUGUAAGGAAACCUUCUUUGGAGUAAACACUAAAUAUAUUGAAAGGAGAAUGGUCACUUCCAUUAUUUUUAUUACUGUAUUGACUUGUUCCUUAUAAUUUGCAAAUAUGUUAUUCUGAGGUCUGAAAAAUAAAAUUAAAUGUACAAAAUGCACAAAUCUAUCCUAGAACUGGGUACUACCAUCUUGGUUCUCCGUCAAUCAUUGUUAUAAAUGUUGCUCUUUUGUGCAAUUGAACACAGUGGAAAAACUGAAAAAAUGCAAGAUCCUCCUUUACAUUAUGUGCCCUGACUGUGCUUGGGCUCAACUGGACUGUGAUAACUUGAUUUCAAUAUACAUUUUAAAGAAAACAAAGCAUGACAUGAUAACAAUGGUUAUCAGUGGCAGAAAGAGGAUCCAGGAACUCCAAGUAUCUUCAAUUGUAUUUAUUAGGACAAGUGAGACACCACAACGUUUCGACUCCUGAAAGAGUCUUUGUCAAGCAAUGAUAAAAAUGGUUGACAUCAGUUAUUGGUGUUAACAGUGUUUUAUUCUAUGGUGUAAUUUCCAGGCUUGGCUUCACGAUUUUAGCAUGGCACCCUUCUCCAUUACUAAAAAGUUAACAGCACCCAAUUUCCUACUAGCUCCACUGAUGUAAAACUUUCUGUAUGCUCUAAAUAAUUCUUCUCUCUAAUGCUAUUUUGGUAACAGAUGCUUUAACGUUCCCUGGCUUCUAUAGUGUUUAGGAUGGGGCCAGAUUCAGAUGAAGAACUCACAGACAGAACAAGAAAGCACAGAAUAUUUGGGUUGGCCAGGGAUAUGAAACUGCUGAAAUUACACAGUGUUCACUUGUGUUUACUUGGAGGAUUGAUGGGUAAUGUUUAAUUUUGACUUGCUGAAUGUGCUUUUCUCGUGGUUUUAUAGGGGAUUUUGUCAAAAUGAAAGGGUUUUGUUUUCUGUUCAGGUUAAAAAAGAAGUUGCUUAAAAAGGUGUGACUUGGCACAAGCAUAAUCACUCGUAUUUAUUAAUAUGUAAAUACUGUUGCCAACUGUUGUAAGUUCUAAAUAUAUGCAUGCUAAAUAACCUCAGAAGAGCCUGGCUCUAUGUCUUGUGUAUAUAGGGUUCAUGUUAUUCUCUGCCUACCUGAUCGGGCUCUAAUUUUCUUUCACUUCAGCUAUUUUGGUCUAAGAUUAGACAUUCUUCUUGUCAAUUCUCUGCAUGCCUGGACCAGUGGAUAACAUCCGUAUGUGAGCAGGGUAUUUAUAAGCCUAGUCUGUCGUGGUAUACACUUACAUGGGGCUUGUUUAAAAUGCUCUAUGCCAACACCAAUCACCCUUGGUACAGCAGAAAAGAACUGUACUCUUGCCUUUGACUGAUGUCUUAUGGGAGAUCAAUCAUUGCUUACCCAAUAUUUUAGCUGACUUUUGUGGUUACAGAUGUAGAUUACAGAGAGAAGAUCUGUGAUAUAAACAUAGCACCCCCACCCCCAAUUUUCUUUCCAACUGUCCUAUUGUAUAUACAUUGCUAAAAGAGUAUUAAAGAAAUUCAAUUUCUUUUGUCUAAUACUUGUGAUAUUGGUGAAGUAAAAUUCAGGAAUGUUGCGGUUUGCUAUAAAAUAAAUAAAUAUCUAUAGUUCUAAAGCAUGACAAACGUUCUCUUUGUGAUCCAAUUGGCCCCUCUAUGCCUGCCCUGACUGGCACAAUUAAGUGAAACAAACCAAAUGUAUACUAUGAAGAUUCAUUAAUUUGAGAGGAGAUUGCUUUGUGUCCAUAUCAAAGUCUGCUGGAUAAGUGUAAAAUUUAAAGGUUUUCUCAAACGUUUCACAAAUAUAUUCAUAAUUUAUCCUGUCCUUCACCUUAUGUAUGUUACUCACUGGUUAAUGUUUAUUAUAUUUAAAUAAUAACAACUUUGUAUGACUUGGAGCCACAGAAUGAAGCAGACCCCUCCCCAGCACCGCAAUGGUUAAAGACACAGUGGAAAUAUAUCUAAACAAACUCUGUUAAAGUUAGUUUAUUGUAGGUAACAUCUGCAGCCACAAAAGGUAGCAUAAGUGCAAGAAAGCCAUUCAUUCUGGGAUGAUGGAAAAGUACAGGCAGAGGACAGCACUGGCAGCCCGACCCAGAAUGUUUGCCAUCAAAAAGUACAGCCUCAGGACCUGAUUUCACGGUCCUCCUAAGUGACCUCAAGUGACUUUAAGAGAGAGAGCAUUUUAGGAGAGCCCAAGCUGGCGUCUAAGUGGUACAAUGCCCAAAUCCCAUCUAGCACAGAGUUCAGAUUUGCCUUCAAAUUUUAAAAAAAAAACUCAGCGUAUAAUGCACUCGUUGCCAGCAUAAACAAAGAUCUGUGUUAGAAGGAGCACAAUUAAAGCUUUUAAUAUACUCAGGUACACAGUAACAAAUAUCCUUUCCUAUCUUGGAGCAGAAAUGUCCUGCCCGCAGAUUUCUACACAAUGUCAUCAAAUAUAUUUUCCUUAUGCACCUUUUCUCUGGUUAUAUUUACCAGGUUUUUUCAAAAUGUAAUAAAUGUUUGAAAAGAAAUUAACUUAGUUGGUGGGUGCUAGAAAUCCAUUGAAGAAAACAGUAAAUAGUCCAGUAUUCCUGAUAUAACAAGUGUAUUUUAGUGUACAGCAGCAAGCUUGUUGGUCAACAUGUUGCCAUUCUUAUAAAACACAUGUGCUAUAGUGGAGGAGGGUUGGGCCACUAUUCCUGCACUGUAACUCAAAUUUCUAUUGGCUAGAAAAACAAAUCAUUGUAAGUCUGCAGCAAAUAGCACACCUGCCACAUAAACAGAAAAACAAUUUAAACAGAUUAGCAAAGUGGGGAGUUGAUGUACUUGAAGUGUAUUUGUUACAUUUCUUAUUGAUGUGCUGUUUUUUCCCAUAAGAAGCAAAUUUCUGUAACUGAAAGUUGUUCAAGUUCAGCGCAGUUUAGUAUGUUCGCUUUUUUUCUGUUGUGUUUGUAUCUAGUGUUAUUGUUCCUGGAUAAUGGUGUUAACCCCCUUCUCCCUAUGGGCAUAGUCCACAGAGUUCAUUCCUUUGUAGAGGCCUGUUUACAUGUUUGGCUGUGUAGGUUGGCCAUGGCUGAAUGUAUAAAUCCUUGCUGCAGUGAAAGUUAAAUUAUCCACAUGGCCUCACUCACCCUCUUAAUGGAAGUCAGAUGAGUACCCAGCAGGGCGGGCUAUAACAGUGGUCUGUGUUAAGAUAAAUUAAACUCAAAAAUACUGUGUCGCUGCGGGUGACUUGUAUUGAAGUUUCAGCUUUAACGUGGAUUAAUACAAAACAUUCUCCGGCCAGACAUCAUGCUUACCCUGCAGAGAAAAGACUUUCUGGGUCAUCUCCCUGCACCUCUAAAGCUAUUAAAACCAUCUGCUUUGUGAUUUUAAAAUGCUUAUUAGUUCUUAAGUCACCGCAAAGGUGUCUGAUUACUGGGCAUAGGUGCAGGCAGGGCUUGGUUCGACUGAUCAGAAACUUAUAAGACAUGCGAUUGCACGUGCUGUGAGCAUGUGACUAUCUCUGGAAGUCAAGUCAUGUGGGGGUAAAGGAGCAGACAUGGAUGAAACAUUUCUGUACAUUGUUUUAUUGGAUCUUAUACAUACAUACAUACAGCUUAUGGUAUGAUAUAUAAUGGUGCACUGUAAAUGUGCUAUAUAAAGAAAUAAUCAUUGUAACACAUAGUAUUGACAUUGUUGCUCUUUUCUCUUUGCAGACAUGGGAUGACGAGCUGGAGAAAUCUUCUGAGGCCUGGGCGCAAGAGUGCAUCUGGGAGCAUGGCCCAGCCAGUCUGCUCAUGUCAAUUGGGCAAAACCUUGCUGUACACUGGGGAAGGUAAUUAAUUGGAUUCUACUGCAUUAUCAGUGACCGAUUAAAGCAACAUGGCAAUAUAGUUUAUACAGCCAACCAAAGAAUAAUGAGUCAUGUGAAAUGUGGUGUUUAAACUAAUCUAAAAUAUACACCACAACUUGAGAACCAACGGUUGCCUAUCUCUACACAACAGAAAAUCUUCCUUUGAUAGUGGAGUUCAGAACCCCACGUUCUAAUAUUGCCCUUUCUUUCUGAUCUCAGAUAUAGGUCUCCAGCAUUUCAUGUCCAAUCAUGGUAUGAUGAAGUUAAAGACUAUACAUAUCCUUACCCACAUGAGUGUAAACCCUAUUGCCCAGAGAGGUGCUCUGGACCCAUGUGUACUCACUAUACCCAGGUAUGUUAUAUUUUGUAUCAUCUACUUCCAGACAUGUCUAACAGCCUCUUGCUCCACAUAUUCUGAGUGCAACAGUGAAUUUCCAUACUAAGAAGGUUUCAAGCCAGCAUAUAUCACUGAUCAAGAUUAAUAUCUACUUAUUGGUCAGUCUUUACGUAUACCCGUCUAUCUAUCCAUCCAUCUCAUCCUGAACGGUUCCUGUGGUUUAGAACACUCACUUAUAAUUAAUGAAAGGCUGUCCUCUCCUGAGAUAUUUAUUUCCUUAAAACAAAUAUAUUUUCAUUUGCAGAUUGUUUGGGCCACUACGACCAAAGUAGGCUGCGCAGUGAAUGUGUGCAAACGGAUGAACGUAUGGGGCGAGAUAUGGGAGAACGCAGUUUACCUGGUCUGCAAUUAUUCUCCAAAGUAAGGGCCCAGUAAGGUAUACUCCUUAUAAGUGCUUAUGCAGUGUACGUGGAAUGUUCCUACCUUGGCGUCAGUGAAUCCCCCCCUUCCGCAGACUUUACAGAGACUUACCACAUCAGCCAUUGAUGACCCCAGUAGCCAGAGAUGUGGAAACUUCCUGUAUUAACCCUUCAGACCCCUGGAAAAACAAACAUUACAUAGCAAUUUAAUAUGUGUAGGUAAAUGAUGUGUUCGAUAAUUACAACAAAAAAAAGCACAUUUACUGGAACCUUAAUAACACAUUCAGAGAUAAUGAAAUGUCUUUCAUAAAUGAUAAAUCAUAUUCUUUAACUAAAGUUAAAUGGUUUCUAGUGAAAAGAAAAUGCUAAUCUUUUUGGCUUUUCAUCUUUUCAGUUUUCUUUAUGCUUCAAAGCGUCCUACUAUUCAUUCAUAAAGGCAAAUCACAGGUUUUUCCCAUCCGUGCUGAGAGCUGUCAUCAGACACACACUGGAGGCAUUCAUAACUACAGGGCUUUCAGUUUGUAAGUCUGAGGCAGUGGUAACACAGAGAGCAUUUAUGACAGACAUAUAAGACAGACUUUCUUCUUCUUUUGCUAAAGGGGUAACUGGAUUGGAGAAGCUCCUUACAAGAAUGGGAGACCUUGCUCAGAAUGUCCACCAAGCUAUGGCGGAAACUGCAAGAACAAUCUCUGUUACAAAGGUAUGGGUAAUGGCAAGGAAUAAUAAUACAUUUUUUGCUUCUGGUGAACUCUUUAAUCAUCAAAACCAUGCCAUCUUUAUGAAGGUGUUUUAGUGCAAAGUCCCUGCAGUCUGGCAGUAAUGUAGAAUUUCUAUUUAAUAUAGAAAAGGUAGGCACACUUAGUCAAAUGCCAUAAAAGUAUAAGAGCAAACACAAAGAAACGAAAAAUAGGGUGCACAUUCAAAAAGCCUUCUUCCCCCAAGGCCCUAAAUAAUCUACAAACAAUAAUGAACGAGGAGCACAACCAUAUAAAUGAAAAGCACUUUAUUAAUUGGGUCCAAAAUAGCAGGUAUCCCAAGAUGCAUCCCACAACAAAGGCCUUAGCAUUCAUAUCACAAUACUCAUACAACAAAUAUACACAAUGUAUCACAGUCACAAUUAUGCAUGGUAAACAGCUAAAAAAGAAUAGUUCUAUUCCAGAUACAUAUCAUAUAGAUACCUGAAAAAACUGCCCAACUAAUAAUACAUACCAUGAAAGAAAAUUAGAAAUAGUGAGAAGAGGGAGAAAAUCCCAAAAAUGUAAAUGUAAUGUAAAACUUCAACAUUUGGCCAUAAACAUGCCUUUAGCUGUUAUACUAACAGCCACUACAGGAACUUCGCCGGGAAGACCUUCUAAAAUCAAAGCUCUUUAAGUAAAGCGUCCUUAUGCCAUCAAGUGAUGUGAAUGCUUUUAAAAGAGAAACAGUGGAUUCAGUACUUGUUUAAGAGAAAGGCAGAGAGAGUGGCAAAAACUCCCUUAGGCUUCUCUGUGAGAAACAGUGGCUCAGACUGAGAUCAUCCUGUCAAUGUGAUCUAAUCAUGGGUGGAGCAGCACAUGGCAGAGACUAGUUUAAAUUUUAUUUAAAAUAAAUUCUUUAUUUUUGCAGCACAGAGAUUAGAAUACAGAUCAAAAUUAUAAUGGACAGAGGCAUAGAUAGAAUGGACAGAGACAUAGAUAGUAUGGUAGAAAUACUGCACAUUUUUUCCCUUUCUUUUUUUGGAAGUAAAUGAAAUAAGUAAACAGUAGGGCUAAUAAACAGAAUAAAAGUACAGCAUGCAACUUCGAUUAUAAGACCCCUAGGUCCCACAGAAACGCAUAAGCAGCUGGAGGAACAAAAGAAACCCUAAUGAGAAUGGUACUAUGCCCAUAGAGAAACUCUUCCAGGCCCCAGACAGAGAUCAGCCAACCCCCAUCACAGGCAGGAUCCAGUCCUGAAAUUUAGAGGUUUGCCCGGUUCCAAUAUUCCAUACUUGGAGAAUACAGCCAGUCAGCCACCAAGAGGCUGUCCAACUUAGAUAUUGCUCCCGGGUUUCAAGGGGACACACGGCAUCCGUCAUUUUCAGUGUGCCGCUCAUAAUAUGGACUUAGAAAAUACGUCCAGCCACCAUGACAGUGAGGUCCUGUCCCCGAGGGUCUACCUUUUAGCCGCCUAUGCUAUAGAAAUUUUAUUCUAUAGCGAGGGUUGUCCACCGAGAAGUAGAUAACAUUUUUUAUAUUGAACCAUUAAGUAGUGGCUUAAUCAAUGUAAACCUGGAACAAUUCUGGGGUAGAACACAAAAUAUAGAGUAAUCAAUAGAAAGUAUUUUUAAAUAAAGUUAUCAUUAAACAGGUAGAAGUUCCCUUCAUAUUUCUGGUGGAAGCAUCUACAGAUGUAAAUAAAUUGACUUUCCGUGUGACUCAAACGCUUCCCCAGAUAGUGUCAGAUUGACAUAAUAAAUAAUAUUGUUUAUUAAGGCUUACUUAAUUUAAAUUCAUAUUUUAGAUCUAUUUACUUUGAAACUUUAUAGUUUAAUAGUUUAAUAUUAAAAAUUUCUUGAACGGUUAACUUGGUGGAAUUACAAAAUACAUCACAAUCAAUGACAUUGGAUACAACGUCUUAUACCUUACAAUCCAGUGAGCCAAUAGCUCAGUACAUUAAUGUGACUAGCCAAAGGUAUAUAGUUGCCGGUCGAAAUUAUGAUGUGCCAGUGAUGUCAGGGAAACAGUCUCUUUUCAAACACAUCUCUCCUUUACUCCCUCUGGAAGUGGGAAGGUGUGAAUAAGCCAGAGCAAUUCCCCUUCCACAAAGUCUGGAACAGUUGCCACAGUAUAUUUUUGAAAACCAUCCAACUUUAAUACCCAUUUCUUUGAAUGGGUGUGAUGAAAAGCUAGGGUAAAUUGUUUAAUCAGCUGUAAAAGCCAUUAGUUAGGAGUCCUGAACCAUUGCUCUCAAGACAUGGCCAACAAAGGGGGGGAGGGGGAGAGGGGAAGGGGAGGAAAGCUAAAAACUUCUAGAGAAUUCUUGGCAUUAUCUAAAAAAAAAAAAAAAGAAAGAAAAAGCUGCCCAGCAACCAAAUAUUUAAAUAUGUGAUUGAUAAAAAUUGGAAUGACUAGUGCACAAUCAGACUUAAACCUUCAUCAUUUGGUGAUUACGUGUUAUAAAGCACUUUCUGGUUUCUCAUGCAUUUCCGUUUAAGUUAACAACCACACAAUAUAUCAAAGUAUGCAAGGAUUUCAGUCAUUGGACUAAUUAACAACCAGCAUUCUGAAAGAGGAAUAGGAUGUUAGGCUACUUUGUAACUCAACUGUAUAUUUCUUCAAAAUAAAUACUUUUUUUUUUUUUUAACAUAUCGCAAAGAUUCCUCAUAAUGUGGCAAUUGUUAAAGGGAUACUAUAAGCGCCAGGAAUAAAAAGCUGUUUUUCUGCUACACUAGCUCCCUCUUCCUCCACCGUGUCAACCCGCCCAAUGUCCCUCAGCGCUGGGCCGACGCUCAUCCCCCUCCGACAGCCCACAAUGAGCGGGUGCUAAUGCGCAUGCAAGAAAUAGCCGUGCGCAUUAGAACUCCCCUUAGGAAAGCAUUGAAUAAAUACUUUACUAUGGGACAAAAUCUGAAGCUGGGUGUCCUCUUGCAGAGUGUAAGGACCAAAGGUCCAUUUCAAACCAGUAAGCCUUCUUGUGGCUGUCUGGUAUACAGCCACUGUGGGCAGACUUAGAGCUGCAAUGUAAACAUUAGUUUCUUUGGAACUGCAAUAUUUAACAUUGCAGCACUAUGUGCAAAAGGGACACUGCACCCAGACCACUUCAAUGAGCUGAAGUGGUCUGGGUGCCUACAGUGUCCCUUUAAAAAAACAAACAACCAUUUAUUUCAAUACCAGACCAUAUGAAGAGACUAAACCAGUGGAAGAUCAAGCUUUCAUGCAGGAAAUUAUGAAAUGUGAUGUUUCGGUUAGGGAUCCUAACCUUUCUCUUCCUUCUGUUUUUCUAAUUUCUACACUUAUGGUUUUUCACUUUCUUUGAUGCUUAAAAGUUUUAAAAUAGUUAUGCAAUACUGUAUAAACUAUGCAACCACUGAUAUGUGUGAUGUAUGGACAUGUCACUCUUUUUAACAUAUUUUUACCAAAAAAAAUAUAUAAAAAUCUAUAUUUCUUUGUGCAACUAACUUUUUAACUGAAAAAUACAUCCAUAAUGAACUCAACAAGUUUGGUUUCAUAUGACCUAUUGGUACGAAAACCUAUCAAUGUACUAUAUAACGGAUUUGGAAAGUCCUCAUAUAAUCAGGCAGUCUUUUGCUUAAGAACCUAGGCACAUCAGAGAGUCAAAGAUAAGACAAUAUCAGUUUAGUUUUUUUAGAAUUCAACAACCAACACCUUCUAAAAAAAUAUACUAUUUUUCUUGAUAUUCAAUAACUAUAUGAAAAGUUUACGUUUAAAUUCACAACUGCUGUUUAUUUCUUUUAAAAGAAACAUAGUCUGGAUUUCAUUUGGUUAAAAGGAUUAGUUUAUCAUGGCUAUAUAUUCAUGGAAUAUCCAGUCUUAAUUAGAACCUCUCUAAUGUACAUCAUGGUAUUAUGGAUCCAAAUUAGACCGUUCAUAGGAGAUUUGCCAAAGAAAUGAUCUGUCUAAAACAAAUACAACAUGUACAGUGCUUUAACUAUCUCAAUGUGGAGGCUUCCAACUUUAUUCAGCAAAUUCACAAAAUGCUCUAAGCCAAACUGGUAAUAAUGUGUAGGUUAUCGUUACUGUUUUGAGUUAAGGACAGAUGAUUUCAGAUAGCUAAAAACAUUUAACCAUUCAUUUUUGAGAAGUCUAGUUUUCAAACUUAGUAAUAGUGUCAAAUAAAUCUUAAUAUAAAUCUCUUGUCUUUGUAUAUCCCAGGAGACAAACGCAGUGGAACGUUGGAAACAGAUGAAGCAAAUGAAGUGGAAUCUCCUCGGGUGCCAGAGGAAACGCAUGUUUGGGUCCAUGAGAAAAUCAACAAACCGAAAGUUGUGCCAAAAACUACACAACCAUCCACAGAAAGCUUAAUGAGUAAGUAAGCCCAAAAUAAUUAUUGUUCUAAUAACUGAAUUCCAAAACAUUAUAUAUGUUUGUGUUCAUAUUUGGAACAGAGAGAUAUUAUAUGUUAAAGGCAAAACUGAAGAAAAUUUUUACAUGAGCAAUCACAAGAGAAACCAUCAGCGUAUUGAUGGCUCAUGGCAACAAAUACAGUUUAGCUAAAAAGUUUGUAUAACCUGGCAAAAAUUGGGAAAUUUUGGCAUUGAUUUUGAAAAUAUGACUGAUCGUGCAAAAAUUUAUUUUAUUGAAGGAUAGUGAUCAUAUAAAGUCAAUUAUUACAUAGUUCUUUGGCUCCUUUUUAAAUCAUACUGAUAACAGAAAUCACGCAAAUGGCCCAAAGGUUUACAUACCCUUGAAUAUUUGGCCUUGUUACAGACACACAAGUUAAAAUGGAAAUUAAAGGUUAAUUUCCCACACCUGUGGCUUUUUAAAUUGCAAUUAGUGUCUGUGUAUAGUCAAUGAGUUUGUUAGCUCUCAGGUGGUUGCACUGAGUAGGCUAGAUACUGAGCCAUAGGGAGCAGAAAAGAACUGUCAAAAGACCUGCGUAACAGGGUAAUGGAACUUUAUAAAGAUGGAAAAGGAUAUAAAUAGGUAUCCAAAGCUUUGAAAAUGUCUGUUAGUAUUGUUCAAUCACUUAUUAAGCAGUGGAAAAUUCAGGGAUUUCUUGAUACCAAGCCAAUGUCAGGUAGACCAAGAAAGAUUUUAGCCACAACUGCCAGAAGAAUUGUUCGUGAUACAAAGAAAAACCCACAGGUAACCUCAGGAGAAAUACAUUCUGCUCUGGAAAAAGACGGUGUGGUUGUUUCAAGGAACCCAAUACAAUGAUUCUAGAACAAGAAGAAGCCUUUACUGUGCUAGUAUCACAAAAAAGCCCGGUUACAAUAUGCCCGCUAACACUUUGACGCACCUCACAGCUUCUGGUACACUGUAAUUUGUGACUAGACCAAAAUAGAGCUUUAUGGUCACAACCAUAAGCGCUAUAUUUGGAGAGGGGCUCACUGAUGUUUUUGGGGGAGCACUAAAGGCACGGGAAUCUUGUGAAAAUUGAUUAAUUCUUCUGCACAAAGGCUGCGCGUGGGGCGCUCUUGGAAUUCCCAGCAUGGCAUCAUUGUGUUGCUGUAUAUGCCUAACAUUGUAUGGCUUUAUAUAGAUGGUGUCUUGGAGGAGAUUUACCCCUUUCUGCCCACAUGGGACACAAAUGAUGUACCUGCAUCAGCUUGUUAAAAAUGUAAUUUAAUAUAAAACAUGAAAAAAAUCUUAGUAUAUUUCUGUGUUAGAAGAGUCUCCAUUAUCCUUUUAAAGCAUUGCUGCUAUGGUAACCAGUUUAUUGUGUGCAGUUGCCUGGGGCCUAGCCUACCAUUGAUUGUUUAUUGCUUUGGUUUACAAUAACUAUGCGUAACCACUACCAUUCCACAGGCUGUGGCAGACAUCUCAGAUGAUGCUUUGCCAGCUGGCAGAACAUCAUGAGAGGUUAGUCAGCAGCGACAGGAAAAGCAGACAUUGCUGGCAAGUAAUUUAGAACACUGACCUGUAGAAACAGAUACUUCAUUAAAUAUCACACAAACUGAUCAUAAGUUCAUGCUUGAUAAAAUGGAAGUGUAUCUAUGCUCUUCUGAGAAUAUAAGAUAUAUUUAAAUACUUGUCUAUUUAUUAGUGGGAAAAUCUAAAUUAUUUAGCACACUUGCAGCCUUUAGAACGUACAGACCUAACGCUCAUGACUAGGGAGAUGUUUUUAUACAGUAAAUUGCUAUACCGCGAGGCAGCGCACAGGCUGCUAAUGUCAAUAUUUAGCAUUUCUCUAACGUCUCAUUUCCUUUCCCAGCUCAAGUGAUUAAGUGUGAAACAAAAAUGAGAGACAAAUGCAAAGGAUCCACCUGCAACAGGUAUUCCUUAAUGUAUACCCAGUAAAUAUGUUUAUAUAUCACUCCCAGGGGUUUGUUUUUCCUAAGACACAUAUUGACACUGUAAUUGGCAGCAGAAUGUUAAUGGACCUAGGCUGUUUAUAGACUUGGCCAAACAGAGGUCUUCUCUAAAUUAAGAUGUCAUUAUGUAUUGCUCCAAUAAAAACCUGCCAUCUAAUGUACGUAAAGUAUGGCAGAAACAUCUAAACAAUCUGAGGAUGACAGGACUUUUCCAGUAGCUACAAUAUUUAUUGUCUUUCCCACCAAUGAAGUGUGAAAAGAUUGUUAAUAACUAUAUUUACAGUGCUAUAUGGUGAUUAUAUAUCUCAUAUAUAUCAUAACAAUACUAACAAAAUUACCAUUCACUUGUGAAAAGUAAACAAGCUAGAAAGAAAAUUUUGCACAUGAUAUACUUAACCCCUUAGUGAUCAGACCGUUUUUCAAUUUUCUUUCCGUUAAGGACCAGGGCUGUUUUUACAUUUCUACGGUGUUUGUGUUUAGCUGUAAUUUCCCUCUUACUCAUUUACUGUACCCACACAUAAUAAAUACCGUCUUUCUCGCCAUUAAAUGGUCUUUCUUAAGAUACCAUUAUUUUCACAAAUAUAUAAUUUACCUUAAAAUUUUUUAUAAAAUGUGAUAAAACACUCUUUCUAACUUUGACCCCCAAAAUCUUUUACAAAUCUACAACCGCCAAAAAACACCCGUGCUAAAUAGUUUUUAAAUUUUGUCCUGAGUUUAGAAAUACCCAAUGUUAACAUGUUCUUAGCUUUUUUUGGAAAGUUAUAGGGCUAUAAUGUCAAGUACGGAUCUGUACUUGGACCCAUUCUCUUUAAUAUUUUUAUUAGUGAUAUUGCAGAAGGUCUUGAUGGUAAGGUAUGUCUUUUUGCUGAUGAUACUAAGAUGUGUAACAGGGUUGAUGUUCCAGGAGGGAUAAGCCAAAUGGCAAAUGAUUUAGGUAAACUAGAAAAAUGGUCAGAAUUGUGGCAACUGACAUUUAAUGUGGAUAAGUGCAAGAUAAUGCAUCUUGGACGUAAAAACCCAAGGGCAGAGUACAGAAUAUUUGAUAGAGUCCUAACCUCAACAUAUGAGGAAAGGGAUUUAGGGGUGAUUAUUUCUGAUGACUUAAAGGUAGGCAGACAAUGUAAUAGAGCAGCAGGAAAUGCUAGCAGAAUGCUUGGUUGUAUAGGGAGAGGUAUUAGCAGUAGAAAGAGGGAAGUGCUCAUGCCAUUGUACAGAUCACUGGUGAGACCUCACUAGGAGUAUUGUACACAGUACUGGAGACCGAAUCUUCAGAAGGAUAUUGAUACCUUAGAGAGAGUUCAGAGAAGGACUACUAAACUGAUUCAUGGAUUGCGGGAUAAAACUUACCAGGAAAGGUUAAAUGAUCUUAACAUGUAUAGCUUGGAGGAAAGACGAGACAGGGGGGAUAUGAUAGAAACAUUUAAAUACAUAAAGGGAAUCAACACAGUAAAGGAGGAGACUAUAUUUAAAAGAAGAAAAACUACCACAACAAGAGGACAUAGUCUUAAAUUAGAGGGACAAAGGUUUAAAAAUAAUAUCAGGAAGUAUUACUUUACUGAGAGGGUAGUGGAUGCAUGGAAUAGCCUUCCAGCUGAAGUGGUAGAGGUUAACACAGUAAAGGAGUUUAAGCAUGCGUGGGAUAGGCAUAAGGCUAUCCUAACUAUAAGAUAAGGCCAGGGACUAAUGAAAGUAUUUAGAAAAAUGGGCAGACUAGAUGGACCGAAUGGUUCUUAUCUGCCGUCACAUUCUAUGUUUCUAAGUAGCACUUUGCUAUUUCUAAACCAUUUUUUUUUUCAUAAUUAAUUAAAGUUACAUUGUAACACUGAUAUCUGUCAGGAAUCCCUGAAUAACUCUUUACAUGUAUAUAUUUUUUAAAAGAACACAACGCAAGGUAUUAAACUUGGGGUAUUUUGACUCUUUUCAUGCAACCAUUUUACCACCAAUCUAUGCCAAAUUUUUAAAAAAUAAAAUAAUUGGUGAUUUUUUGACACACAUAGCAAUUUAAAAAUAAAUGUACUGAGAACUUUAAGGGUUACUGCCAAAAAAACACCAAUAUGUGUUCAGCAACAUCUCCUGAGUACAGUGAUACCACCCAUGUAUAGGUGUGUCCGGUUCUAUGGGGGCUAAAAGACCUUAUUUGGAGGGUGUGCAUUCCAGUUUUCCAACCUGGAAUUUUCACAGCUGGUCAUCAUGCACUCAUGUCCUAUUUGGGACAUUUUUAAAGCCGGCCAAUGUAAUUUACUUCCAUCAAUCCAUAUAUUUUUGAAAAGUAGACAACCCAGGUUAUUCAAUAUGGGGUAUGUCCAGUCUUUUUUAGUAGCCACUUAGUCACAAACACUGGCCAAAGUUAGCAUUUAAAUUUGUUUAUGUGUUAAAAAUGCAAAAAACUAUUAUGAACGUUAACUUUGGCCAGUGUUUGUGACUAAGUGGCUACUAAAAAAGACUGGACAUACCCCAUUUGCAAUACCUUGGGUUGUCUUCUUUUGCAAAUGGUAUGCCAUCAUGGUGCUAAUUCUCAUUCCUGGGGUACCAUACACUCUUAAAGGCAACAUAACCAAUCUGGAAAAUUUAUAUGUGAAAAAACGGCCUUCUAUUUGACCCAGUAGCUUUCAAAAACACUAUAAAACUUGUACAUGGGGGUACUGUUAUACUCGGAAGACUUCGCUGAACACAAAUACUUGUGUUUCAAAAUAGAUAUAUAUAUAUUAAUAUCAAAAUACACUUAGAAAAAAAAAUACAUAUAUAUUUGUUAUUUUUUAAAAUUCAUUUUACAUUUUAGAUUUAUUUUUAAUUAUUUAUUUUUUAUAAUAUAUAUAUAUAUACACACAAUAUAUAUAGUUAUAUAUAUAUGUGUGUGUGUAAAUUUACUCUAAGUGUAUUUUUAUAUUAAUAUAUGUAUAUAUUAAUAAAAAAAUACACUUCGUAUGAGGUUAUAUAUAAGAGAGAUAUAUAUAUAUAUACAUAUUAUAUAUUAUAUAUAUAUAUAUUUUAAAUUUGUUAACUUUAUUUAUUUAUUUUUUUUAAUAAAACUUUUUAAAAUCUUUUUUUACAAGCAGGGGGGCUGACGUUCAGAUCCCACUGUGGACAUCUAUUGCGGCCAUGUGACCGCUCUUUUAGAGCGGUCACAUGGCCCCUGGGCGUCCUAAAUUGAGCUGAGCCCAGACAGUCCCCCUAAGAAGAAGACCGAUCGCUGGCAGGGGAAUGGUGGCGAUCGCUAAGUACAUGGAGAGGGAGGGAGGGUAGGGGUUAAAAUUACAUUUUUAAAAUUUAUUUAAUAAUUUUUUUAUAUUUACCGAGUGCCUCGACCCCUCGUGUUCUCCGGAGGCCCGACAGUGAGGAGGGUAUUGCAGAGAUGCCUCAACAUCGAGGCAUCGCUGCAAUACCAUUAGAGCUGCUGGAAGCGCUCUAUUUGCCAGCGGACGCAUCAGGUUUGUCCGCGGUCCUUAAGGAACGUUUUUUUUGUCGUAAGGAUCUGAUACGACCGUGGUCAGGAAGGGGUUAUAGGUACACUCUAAGCAUCAAAAUAACUUUAGCUUUAAAAAGCCACUUCGGUUUAUAAAUCAUACCCCUGCAAUCUCAAUGCUCAAUUCUCUGCCAUGAACAAAGUGACUUGCAGGCAUGGCCGGCUUUAGGGGUGUGUGAGCUGUGCGGCCGCACAGGGCACCGUGGAGCAGGGGGCGCCAUGUGACCGACACAGCUUGCACAUGACCAGCCAGGAUAAAAAAUAAAAAUAAAAAUUGCGGCAGGGAUGGAGCGAAACUGAUGGCAAGGCAGGGCUAAAAGUGCCGGAUGACUGCUGCAGGGGAAGCAGGAAGUAGUCCCUGCUUCCCCAACAAACAGUCUCCAGGAGCUGCACUGCCUCCACAAUGAACAAAGGUAACUAUGUGUGAUUGUCAGUGUGUGUAUGACUGUCUGCCUGUGUGUGUGUGUGUGUGUGUAUGACUGUCUGCCUGUGUGUGUGUGUAUGACUGUCUGCCUGUGUGUAUGUCUGUGACUGUUUGCCUGUGUGUGUAUGACGGUCUGCUUCUGUGUGUGUCUGUGUGUAUGACUGUCUGCAUGUGUGUGUGUAUGACUGUCUGCCUGUGUGUGACUGUGUGUAUGAAUGUCUGCCUGUGUGUGUGUCUGUGUGUAUGACUGUGUGUCUGUGUGUGUAUGACUGUCUGCCUCUGUGUGUGUGACUGUCUGCCUGUGUUUGUGUGUGUGUGUGUGCAUGACUGUCUGCCUGUGUGUGUGUGUGUGCGUGAGUGACUAUUUGCCUGUGUGUGUUUGUGUAGCUGUCAUUAUUAUUUUUUUUUACUAAAUUUGUAGAUAUACCUCCAAAGAAAUCAUUCAUGCUUUGUUUUUGCAUGUUUUCUUUGGUAUUAUGUGAAAAACAACACAAAACAAAACAAAAAACAAAACCAGCUUAUAAAAACAGUAUGCCUUCCCCUUGUUUCCCAGCCCAGACAUUCCGUUUGUGCCAGGGAAUACUCCAAUCAGAGGCUUCUCACUGGAGACAUGCACACAUGAUCAUGGCUCUCCUGCCCCUUUUGUUAGCUCUGUAGAGCUAACGGAAGAGGAAACCAAUCUCCCUGACUUUCUAAUUGACAGCAAGACAGGUGUUUCUUCAUGAUGCCUAGAGUAUCACGUCAUAUUGCUUUAAUUAGCAAUGUUUUCCUGCUUGACUAGUAACAUUUUUUUUAUUAGUUGGCAAAUAUUAUGGGUCUUUUCCAGAUCUAGCAAUGCCCAAAUGUUUCAAGAAUAACAUAUAUAUUUAUCUAGCUCGAGAGAGAGAGAGAGAAAGAGAGAGAGAUGUAUAAUUAGUAAUGUUUAAUUCAAUUUAAAGACUUGGCACACAUGCAUAGAUUCAACAAAUUACUUUUACUGGUGCAAGCUGAUUUUCCAAAAAGAAUUGGAAUCUUAUAUUCUGAUUGAAGAAAGGCAAGAACAUUUAUUAUUCCUGGGAAGCAACAUGUAGCUUUCACCUCACUCAUUUUUUAUUAAACACAUAGAAGAUUAAUAGAUGCUUUAGAAAAUUUACUGUUGAGAUCACCAUGGAGAUUUACCAUAGCACAGUAAUGCCAGAAUUAAGGAGGCUUAGUCAUCGCAUCUUCACAGUGAGUCACGGGCAACAUAUGGAACAGCUUCAAGAUGCCCUCCAUGUAUAAUGUAUAUAUUGUCCAUACAAAUCCCUUUCUACACACACUAGUUUUUGGUGCCGAGAUUGUAAAACAAACUAAACUAAAAUGUCUCAGUCUAACCUUUUAUACAGUGCCUGGCAACCUAUCUAGUUAUUUCUUUACAAUACUUUUACCUGUCCAGUACAGUGUGAAGCCAUAGUUACAAGUUCAGUAAUGCUACUUAGUUACCUGUGUAUAUAUAUCUCUACAUGAAGUAUCACAAGACAUUUUCUAUUUAUGUAAAAGUUAAGGGGUCUGUUAUUAGCUCUCAUUCUAGAGAGAAAAAGCAAUGGCAGCUGCAAGGAGAAACAGUAGGUAGGAUCCAGCCAAUUGACCCAUUUAAAUUAAAUCCAUUAUUUUGAUUGGUGUCACAGCUAGGAUUCACAUCUGGUUAAUUAUUGGACACACAAAUGUGAAUAAAGUGGGACGCUCUUGUUAAUUUUAUGAGAAAGAGACCCGCUGAACCUCUUUUUAUUCACACUGAUAAAUCAGAAUAACUACAGAUAUCUUGGAUGGACAGAUCCACAAACACCAAAAACCCUAUGGCCAUACAACACGCCUGGAAAGCUGAAUAUGAUCCCUGCAACUCAUUUCCAGUUUGUCUUCUUUUUUAGACCCUUGUUCUUAUUUGAUGAAAUUCUAUAUUUUCGAAAAUGAAACUAGAACUGCAUUUUAUUUUCAGAUAUCUGUGUCCUGCAGGCUGUGCAAAUAAGAAGGCUAAAGUCUUUGGAACCCUUUUUUAUGACAGUGUAAGUAGAAAAUAAUUUCUUGACAUCAUGCAUCAUGGCAUUGCUCGUUUACACAGAGUUAUGGUGCCAGUUCAUUUAUGGCUAAUGAGGCAUUGAUAAUGUUUAGGAACUCCACUUUCCCAUGAUGUUCACAGGCCCCCCAACUGUCCUGAUUUUGAUUGGACCUUUGCUUAUGGUCCUAUCUCACCGUCCCACCACCUUCAGGGAGACCAAGGAACUGUCCGCAGAAAGCCUAGUGUAAGCCACUCAAUGCAUAGGCUAUACUAUAGAUUGUAAGCUAUUUUGAGCAGGGCCUUCAUCUCUUGUCUCGGUAAUAUUAUGUAUGUAAAUUACUUGUGAAAUAGCUCCAUUUUAUAAUUGUAAAGCACUGUGAAAUAUGUUGAUGCUAUAUAAAUAAUAAUAACUAAUAACUGGAACCCUGCAAAGAGUGCACAUUUUUUUUUUCUCUCUCUAUGGUCUACCCUUAGUGGGCCGGUCUGCUCCAGUAGCAUGCAGCCUGGCAUUUGCCCCCUUUCUGAGCCAGUCCAGCCCCUUUGGGUGACACCAGUGACAAGAUUCAAUUCACUGACACAUACCCUUUAACCCCAUUUCACAGAACAUAGCUUUUGGGGGGUAUGUGUAAAGCCAGCUUUAAUAAAUAUAAAAUAAAAAUGUUUUUUCUAAAGUGUAAAAGCAUUGUACCAUAGUCAAAAAAAGACGAAGAACAGUCUCUGCUGUUCUAGCAAAAAGAAAAACAACCAAACCCCAAAAAAUGUCUACUUUAAAUUCUUAAAGCGACACUAUAAUUACUGACUUUGUAAACCUGUCCCGUAAGAAGAGAUCUAAUGUUCAAACUUCCUUUAGUGCACAGUCUGUUUAAUUUAGAAUUUAUUGUCUUCAACACUGUUAAUAGCUUUCUAGACCCCGCAAGAGCCACCGGAAUGUAAUUCAAGUUCAAUUUACAUAGCAUAAAAACUUUUAAAGAAAGCUACAGCUGAUUAAAAAUAAAACCAUUUUUUCUAUGCAGUCUGUGUCAGUCACACUCAGAGUAGGUGUGGCUAGGGCUGCAUAAACAGAAACCAAAAUUAUUCAAAUCAUAAAUAGCAUGUCAUAUCUUCCUGUCUUCUAUAGAUGUUUGUUUUUGAACUGCAAUAAACUCUAAUACCUUAUUUUCUACAGAUGUCCAGCUUAUGCAGAGCAGCUAUUCACUUUGGAGUUAUCGAUAACAACGGUGGAUUAGUUGAUAUAACAAGGAAUGGGAGGUUACCAUUCUUUGUUAAGUCCACCAGGAAUGGUGUUGAAUCUUUAAGGUAAUAUAUUUGUCUUUCCUUAAUGAUAUACAUAUCUUCUAAUUAAUGUUACAAUAGUGUUUGACACAGUAUUUUUUAUUUUUGCAGUAAAUUUAAGCCAGCUAAUACAUUCACAGUUUCAAAAGUUUCCGGUAAGUAUGAAAGACCAAACUCAAAAUAAAAUGUGAUAUAUAUUGGAUUAAAAAGUCCUUAGUAAACUGUAUGCUAUUUAUAUAUCUCAGUAGGGAGAAAAUAUUUAGAUUUAAUAUUUUUUAUAAUUUCUCUCUACAGUUCAAACUCUUGAUUGUUACUCAACAGUAGCAGACACUUGUCCAUUUAAAAAGCCAGCUGCACAUUGCCCCAGGUAAGAACAUCCAGAAUUCCUAGCAAGCAUCAGGAAAAGGGUGACAUGCAUUUUAACCCAGCUUCCAGAAAGGCAGUGUCUUUAAUAUGAAUAUGUCAUCAAAUAAAAAUAUAUUAAACUUUGGCCCAUUUUAACACCACUGUGGAUAGCAAAUCCAGUAGGAUUGAAUUGAUUCUCUCUCUCACAUUACAAGCCAUGGAAGCAGAUUUAGGUAUUUGGCAUCAAUUAUUUCCUUACGUAAGGGAGAAAUCCAGGUGAAAACUCAUAAAUUGAAGAAUAUAUAUAUAAAUAUUUUUUAACGUUCUUCCUUUAUUGGCAAGUGCUUUAGAUUGGAAAUAACUUGUUCAUACCAUGCUUUUUCCCUCCAGAUUUUACUGUCCCGCGCACUGUAAGAAUGAGCCUUCAUACUGGGCAACAGUAAUUGGCACCAACAUUUAUGCAGAUGUAAGCAAUUUAAUUUUACUGCCUUUAUAUUUCAUGGUAAAUUUAGAAAUUUGUAACUUGCAUUUCUUGUACGGAAGCACUUGUUUAGUAGUUCUCUAAAGGGUUGCUUCAAGCAGUAGUUGUUGAUUAAAUACAUCAGCAUCUCACGGCUAAAGAACUUAUUAUUAUUAUUAUGAUAUUUAUAGAGAGCCGUCAAAUUCUGCAGCGCUUUACAAUGGGUGGACGAACAGACAUGUAGUUGUAACCAGACAAGUUGGACACACAGGAACAGAGGGGUUGAGGGCCCUGCUCAAUGAGCUUACAGGCUAGAGGGAGUGGGGUAAAAUGACACAAAAAGGUAAUGAUAGUAUUAGACUAAUGACAGUUGCAGAAGAGGAAUCAGUCAGGAGCUAUUAACAGUUUAAUGGAUACGCUUUUAUGAAGAAGUGGGUUUUUAACGAUUUUUUGAAGGAGUGGAGACUGGGUGAGCAUCUAACGGAGGAGGGAAGCGAGUUCCACAGGAACGGUGCAGCCCUCGAGAAAUCUUGAAGGCGAGCAUCAGAGGUGGGAGUACGGACAGAAGAUAGACGUAAGUCUUCAGCAGAUCGUAAGGGCCUAGACGGGACAUACUUGUGUAUAAGGGAGGAUAGAUAGGUGGGAGCAGCAUUAUGUAGAGAUUUGAAAGCAAGAACCAGAAUUUUUAAUUGAGCUCUAUAUUUUAUAGGAAGCCAAUGUAGGGACUGACAAAAGGGUGAGGCAUGGGAGGUGCAUGCGGACAGGAAGAUGAGCCUUGCCGCCGCAUUCAUUAUGGACUGUAACGGCGCUAGUUGGGAGCACGUAAGACCACUGAGAAGCGGAUUACAGUAGUCAAGGCGAGAAAGGACAGUGGAAUGGACCAACACCUUAGUCGCAUCUGGCGUUAAGUAGGGGCAGAUGCGCGCAAUGUUUUUUAGAUGGAAAUGACAGGAUUUGGCAAUAGAUUGAACAUGAGGCUUGAAGGAGAGGUCGGAGUCAAAGAGAACACCUAGGCAGCGAGCCUGCGUGGUGGAGCUGAUGGUAGCACCGUUGACUUGGAGGGAGACAGACACAGGAGUAACAACACUUGAGGGAGGAAAGACCAGAAUUUCAGUUUUGGUCAAGUUUAGUUUAAGGAAGUGGGCAGCCAUCCAGUUAGAAACAGCAGAGAGGCAGUCAGACACUAGUCAAGAGGGACGGGGAGAGAUCAGGAGAGGACAGGUAGAUUUGGGUGUCAUCUGCAUAGAAAUGAUUUUGGAAGCCAAAGGAGCUAAUGAGUUUACCAAGGGAGGCAGUAUAGAUGGAGAACAGUAGGGACCAAGGACUGAACCUUGGGGGACACCAACAGAGAGGAGUUGGGGAGAAGAAGCAGAGCCAGAGAAAGAAACACUGAAAGAGCGCUGGGAGAGGUAGGAAGAGCACCAAGAGAGAGCAGUUUCUUGUAGACCGAUAUUGCGGAGGAUGAGAAGAAGCUGUUGAUGAUCAACAGUGUCAAAGCCGCAGACAGGUCAAGGAGAAUUAGGAUAGAGUAGUGACCACGAGAUUUUGCAGCGAGUAGAUCAUUGGAUACUUUGGUCAGUGCCGUUUCCACAGAGUGCUUAGCGCGGAAACCAGACUGAAGCGGGUCUAGCAGAGAGUUGGACUCGAGGAAGUCUGUCAAUCUUGCAUACACAAUUUUUUCAAGGAUCUUGGAUGCAAAAGGCAGUAGCGAGAUAGAACGAUAGUUGGAUGGGGAGUUAGGGUCAAGAUUGGGCUUCUUUAGAAUUUGGGUUACAGUUGCAUGUUUGAAGGACAAUGGAAAUAUACCAGAGGAGAGAGAGAGAUUGAGAAUUUUAGUGAGAAGUGGAGAAAGAGAAGAAGACAGAGUACGGAUGAGAUGCGAUCGAAUUGGAUCUAGGGAGCAGGUGGUGGGGCGGGAGGAUUGGAGCAGAGCAGAAACUUCUUCCAAUGUAGCGGGUGCGAAUGAACAUAGAACAGCAGAGGAAGUAAAGUUAGGGGAAGAAGAAAGAUGAGAUAUCUCUUCUCUGAUUGUAGAGAUCUUGUCAGUGAAGUGAGUUGCAAAGUCUGAGGCGGUCAAGUUAGUAGGUGGAAGAGGAACAGCAGAACUUAUAAUCGAUAUGCUGUGUUAGUUUACAUGUGAAUAAUUGAGGAGGAAAACAAAUUGCCUCUCAAUGUUACCUAAGUACCGUUUUGGUUCUUAUUAUAGAAACAUGUUUCACAGUGUGGCCAGAAUACAAAAGAGUGUACUUUCUACAUACAUAAAUCUGGAAAGAGUGAUUUAUUGUUGGCAACACAACUAAUAAUGUAUACAUGGUCUAAUCAACCAUUCCAAAAUGAGCCUGAUAAUGUUUUGACACUUAAAGGUAAGCUUUAUUCCUAAUGCCAUAGGGUCACCUUUCCUUUUUGUAUGUCCCGUCCCACCAGGGGCAUUAUCAAAAAGGAAAAAAAUAAAAGAUUUACUUAACUUUGUCCAGCCCUGAGGCAUCCUCUGUCCUGCUCACUUCUAUGCCUCCAGCAAUGUCACAGAGGAGGCAUGGCCUCCCCCACCGAUUUCCAAUCCAAUGCCCCUCAGAAAUAUUUAACCCUGCAAUGGAAACAUGGAAAUGUCUGCAUUUCAUAUGAGAAGGAGUGAUCUGGAUGUUUAUAUUGUCCCUUUAAAGUAUGCUUGUCAAUCCUUGGCAAAGACAAAUGGGAGUGCCAAAAUGUUGCCAGAUCUAGAGGUAUCUGGAAAAAAAGCUUACAUGUAGAUAGUGGGGGAAAGUGUUGUUUGAAAGGGUUACUUCAUGCAUCAAACCCACUACAGCCCAUUUUAGUGGUUAUGGUGCCAGGAGUUCCCUGGCCCAGUUCCCUGAUAAUGGGGCAAAUGUAGCAAUGUUUUGCCCCCCCCGUACCUCGGUCCCCGAUCAGAUGCUCUCUGGUGAUCCAGUGGAAAGCUUCUGGCUUCUGCAGAGAUGAAAUUCAUUGGCCUAGAGCGUCAGCUGAACUCUCUCAGCCAAUGACUGCCAUUCGGUGCAACAAAAGUUGCACAAAAUUGACAUUUGCAAGCCCAGAACUCUUGUACACGACUGGCUAAUGACAUCCUUUGACGCUGCCAUGUGUGCAGCAGAGGGAUUAAUCUCUGCAUGUCCAGAGUUUCAGAGAGUAUAUAGACACAUACAAAUUUCAGGCACAUACAAAUUUCAGCAGUUUUAUUUAUUAUAUUGUGUGUGGAAACCAGGAUAGAAAGGGUUACUCUUACCAAAAACAGCAUUUAGUAAAGCACUGUUUUUGGUUGUGUAAGUCUUUGGUCUGUAAAGUACUCUGAAUAAUAAAUAUAAUUUCCCCAUAAACGUUCUCAAAAAACCUGUAUGGUUUCACAAAUUAAAUAGGACCCCAAUGAGAGCAUUUUUUAAUGUCCUGUCCUCUUGCAGGAUGUUCUAGAAAGUAACGCAUGGUGCUCUGUCUUUUCAGUAUCAAUAUAACAAGAUGUUUUGCAGAUCUGAAUGCUCCAGUCCAGCAAAAGCAGCAGAGACGACUUUCCUUCUUGGUGCUGAGCUGUUUUUGGCUCACUUGUUUGAGCACAAAAUUGUUAUAGAUGGAAAAUAAAGAGGAAUUUACAAUGUAUUCCAACUUGUUGCUAGGGCAGCAGCAACGCAGAGUAUAUGUCCAACAUGUCAAUCUUUAGAAUUACUUCCCAUAUGUAAAUUUCAACUCCAGAGCGCUCACUAAGAGCUUCAUUUAAAGGAAAAUCACCAUCAAAAAGCACUGAAAUCAGGAUUAGAUCUAGAUACAGUACCAAGCUUGACAGUCACAGGGUUUGGAAUCUAGCUUUCUGUAUGACUGAAAUUGAUGUGUCUCUAGAAUGUGCUAUGAUUUGCUGCAUCCCUGUUAUAAUUAACUUACGGUCGUUGCUGCCAGUUUACUGAAAGCAGAUUCAGCAACCUAUAUAGAGGCAGACAUAAUGUAUCUCAUUCUGUCAUAGUUUACACAAGCUAAUCUCACACAAACAUCCAGAGUUAAGGAUUACAUAAUUAUAUCACAAUAAUCUAAACCUUAAAGACAUUUGUGAUAAAAUGCAAUGUUCCACUUUAUAACAGCAUGUCCUUAUAGAGCUAAAGAUGCUCAAUAAACAGGACAUUUCACGCUGGCACAGGGUCUUCAGGAGCUAGACUGUGAUGAUGGUAUAUAUUCCCACAGGGCAUGUGGUAUAUCUUUAAAUCAUACAACCGAGGUUAAAUUUAUACUAACAACUAAAUGUCAGUAAUAUGUUCUAUAUGAGGCAAUGACAUGUUCUCCCCCCGAGAUCUCGUAAAAAAUGUCUAAUUUUCAGUAGAGUUCGAAACUAACUCACCAGCUAAGAGUCAUAAAUUGAGUGGCACCAUCCUUGAAUUUGUGCCCUUCAUUAAUAGAGCUGAGAAUCGGGUGCUUUUAAAUACACCCUAGAUAUAACCUUCAACCCCUUAAAGACCAAACUUCUGGAAUAAAAGGGAAUCAUGACAUGUCACACAUGUCAUGUGUCCUUAAGGGGUUAAGGAACAUUUCAGGUACUUGGACAACAUUAAUGCACUCUAAAGCAUUUAACCCCUUAAGGACCAAACUUCUGGAAUAAAAGGGAAUCAUGACAUGUCACACAUGUCGUGUGUCCUUAAGGGGUUAAAGUGUACCUGUCAUAUUUAAAGACCGGGCAAAAACUACUCUCUCCGCCAGGUUUUCUCAUUUUCACAUGCUCCUGUGUAAUAUAGUGAGCACUUGGUUGUCUGUAAAACACUGGAGGUUUAGAAGUAAUACGGUAAGGAGAGCUGCAACACAAGACCACAGCUCCCCUACUACUCCCUUUUAUUAGGCACUAUAGUUACUCUUUCUGGGGAUCAGGAGCCUAAUUUUAAGUAGACUCCCUACUGUUAUACCAGUUUGUCACUGAAGGGAAUGGGGCCCUAUUUAUGGUUUCUUCUAAUCAUAAGAUCUUCCAGAAAGACACAAACUCAUGUGAGAUUAACAAUGUGAAGGGAAAGUUGGAUAUAAUGUACUUCCUUCUCUUGCUUUGUUGUAGGUUUUUUCUUUACCAGUGUCAGGUUACCUUAUGUAUCAGUCAGGAGCAUGUCACAGGCUGCCAUCUCAUUGCAGGGUACUGGGGACACUCCUACUAACGUUCAGCUUGUCCCUAGCGAUUCUCACGCCAACCGCAAUAAACCCGUCUCCAUUUAUGACGCGGCAAAUGAGCCUUGACGUCAUGACGCUAAGAACAUCAUGGCCCGCCAAUGUGUUAGAACAAACAACAUUUUGGGGGAGUGGUUACCUACCUAAGUGAACAUGGUAUUUAAAGAGAAACCAGGGGGAGACUCAUCGCCCUGUUGUGGUUCGUUUGACCCAAGAGCGCGCAAUUCCGUAUUGGUAUUCUUGUAUUCUGACUUUGGCUUCUUUUGACUAUUCCUCCUUCUGUGUUCCUUUGACCUUGGCUAUUGCAUUAUUGUUGAUCCUAUUUCUGGUACCCCUGACCUCGCUAUGCUUUGUGUGUGUAGUGUUAGUCCGGUAUACAUUACUAGUAUUUGCACUCUGCGUGUAGGAUCCCCGAACAUUCCUGACAACCAGGCUUUGAACAGUCUAUAAUAUUUUAUGUUGUAUUUUUCAAAGGGCCCCUCUGACCCUCUCUUCCAUGUUUCAAACGUUUAUAAAGAAACAUGUUGUCCACAUUUCUUUAAUACACUGUAAUGAUCAUAUGAUAUGAUGUUAUGAUAUGUUAUUUAUUGGUCAGUAGCAUUAUGAAGCAACUAUUAAAUGUCUCGUUACAAUUAAACAUUCCUAAAAAAAAAAAAAAAAAGUUUACAAUUCUAAGCAUACAGAGUGCAAGGUUAAAUCUUUGUCUGUCCGUACACUACAUUAGUGAUAUCUAAAUCUUUGGGCUCUGCAGCUUUUGUGAAGUACGUAUCCCACAACAUCUUUCAUACACACUAUGGAAUAUGUCAAAAGAACAAUAAUAGAACCUUUGUUCUGAUUGGCUCUGGAGUCACAAGACUUCAGCAGCCUUUUUUUGUAUUAGUAACAAUUUUUGAGAGCUUAUAAGACAACGGUCACCUUCAAACUAUUUUCGAGUAACCCUUUCAACAAGUUUUGAAAAAAAAAGACAAAAACCUAUUGCUACAUUUAGUAUAGGCUGUCAGAAUAUUCAGCCAUAUACAUGCACCUUGUCGGAUAGUUUUUGAAAACUGAUAAUUCAUCUCUAUAGUCUUUCCAGCUUCUGUGCAGAGAUUGAAGCAGGAAAAACCUCAUAGACCGUCUGUUUUCAAACAUUGUCUGACCCAAGGUGCAUGGAAAUGGCCAAAUGAUAUUUUCACAUACUAAAAGGUAGGGAUAUGUUUUUCGCUUUUAUUUUUACAAAACUUAAUAAAAAGUUCUAGUUUCAAAAUUAGAUGAAAAGAUUAUUAUAUUAAAAAUAGUUUUGAUCUGACAGUUGUACUUGAAAAAUUGUGGUAAAUUCAAGACCGCAAACUAAAAAAAUUAAUGAAAAAACAAAAAACUGUAGUGUAUUCAAAUGGCUCGAUUUAUUGUAGCAUGGUUAGAUGGAUAUAUUGCUAGUCUGUUAGGAAUAUGGUUUUAAAAUGAUUUACGUAAAGACAAUUUUACAUGACAAGUCACUUCAAUAAUUUGGAUGUGAAUAGUUUAUGUGUUGGUGCUAUGGCCUGGGAAAACUGCAUGAAAAUCAAGUCCACGCUACGUAUUACUGGGUCACCUAUGUGGAAAAAGCUUUCCCUGUGAACCAGGCAGAUGAAACAUUGAGAAUCUAUUCCUAGCACACAGAGUUCAGAAGCUGAAUUUAGAUUUACUAGUUAACUGGUUUCAAUGCCGAGUCCUUCCACCUUAUUUUCCUAAUACAGUGUUCUCCUGUGUUUCUGCCCAUGUAUGGACACAAAUCAUGUUGCCAAUUGCCAGUAUACUCAUUGCCAGCAGAUAUGUGAAAUUGAGGGAAAUAAAUGGCAACACAACUGUAAGACCAAUCUACAUCACACUAAAGUUUGCAAUAUUUUACCUCCACUCUGAAAGGGUUAUUGCAUUAGCAGAAAUAACUAUUUACUAAUGUACUCCAGGUCCUUUGCUUACUUAAUUUAUAGAAAAUAUGGUACUGAUUUUAAAAGUUAAUACAAUAUGUAACCACUUAUCAAAUAAUAAAAUCUCUUAUUGUUAGCAGCUAGCUUGCAGGUUUGUUCCAUCGGUUGAUUUUCAGGAAUUUAACAGGAUACAUUAUCUGCUGUAUGGAUGCCCCGAGCGGUGUCUGACCUACAAUGACCUUUCUGAAGGCCUGCGUCAACAGUUUUAUAAUCUUAAUUCAGUUUUAUAGUGUUCAAGCUAAAACCAAAAACAUGACUAAUGCCACGAAAAAUGUUGGAUAGUUUUUACUGUGCCUGGUAAAAUAAUCUGUAUUUUAAAAGUGUUGUAUGUUAUUUUUGAUGUGUGUAAUUGUUUUGGUAAUGUUCUUCCUGUUGCCAUACAUUCAUAAAAUUAUUAAUAAAACUGAAUUAAAACUUUAGGCCUGCAGGCAUUUGCCUUGUUUACACAGUUAGUUAUACAAAGCUGAUAAAUAACAAAUAAAAAUGAUGAAAUCUUUAAUUUAUUCACGUGUUGUGAUAACAGCUUUCAGGUUAGCAGGGAUUGACAUUAUUCACAUAUAUCAGAAGAUUACAAUGGCGUGUGUUGAGCAAGCAAUAUGAAGGAAAUUAAGUGAAAUAUCUUUUAAUUUUGCAGAGUUCAAGUAUCUGUAAAACUGCUGUGCAUGCCGGGGUGAUCAAGGAUGAAGAAGGAGGUUAUGUAGACGUUUUGCCAGUCGAUAAGAAAAACCAUUAUUUUAGCUCCAACAAAAAUGGAAUCAUUUCAGAAAGGUACAACCAUUCCAAGUACGAUAACAACCUAUGGUUUUAACAUAGGUUAGCUUAAAAGGGGGUUCCUCUUUUGUUGCGUGUUAUUGCAGUAAUUAAACCGGGACAAAUUGCUGCAGCUCUAGGGCAAUAUUCCCAGAUGUAGGCGACAUGGGGCGGGGCUAUAUUUCCCUGAAUCUAUACAAGUACUUGUGUGGUGUGUAUGUACACCUCUUUGUAUAGGCUUUCUCAGUUUAUUUGACAGCUACACCUAAAGCAAUGACGUUAUUUUAAGUUAGAGUUAAAGCGGAGUAACAAAAUCUGUUAGAAAAGUGUUCUCUAGGUAUGCAAUAACACACACACAUCUCAUAUCUUCCUUACUUUGACACAAAUACAGGUAAACAAUGUAUCGAUGAAAUACUGCCAGAAGUGUCACCGUCUUAUGUUUGUACAGGAGGCGCCCUACUGACCGAAGGAAAUGUACGGACACACACCACUAUAAGGAGUUUACAUGACAUGUCAGAAAACAUGUGCAACAACACUUAAGUCUAUAGAAGAUUCUGUGAGACCUCAGGAGCCUCCAUAGAUAUUGUCCAAUGAUUAGCAAGACACUGGCAUAUUCCCCCAGACGUUGCUAGUGACGGCUGAGGGACAUGACAAAAUGUAGCUCACUUCUUUGCAUUAUGCAUUUUAGGGGUGAAAGAUCAAAAAAGAAGAAAAGAUUAGGAGUGAAGAAGAAAUAUAAGUACAGUAUAGGGCGACAGAGCCACUUUACAUCUUGGCAAGAAGUCAGUGCCAGUAUUGUGUUUUAUACUUAGCUCUGCUGCAAACCCCCUCUAAAAAAUGUUGCAAUAGUGUAUACUGGGGUAAGGAAAUCAGAACUGACUGCUACUCAAACAAAGCAAUUCCCUUUAAUAUUAAAAUGUAUUUAAAGGAACACUGACCCGUGCCUGGAGUGCCCUUUAAGAUUUUGGCAAAUAUAUUUGUGUUUGAUUGAUAACCUACUAUUUAAAACAUUUUAUGCUGAUUUACAAAACACUGAGCUAUAAAACGGCAGAUUCUAAGUAUUGCUCAAUAACAUACAUAUCAUGAGCAAAUAUAUGUUAACACUUAUCUCAUAUUGCAUUUCAGCUUCAAGAACCGCAAGGAGGGAAAAGCUUUCAGGAUCUUUGCAGUGAAACAAUAAUUAAAACACAUUUAAAUGGACAGUAUCACAAUUGUGAGGACUCUGAGAAGACCAUAAACGUUCCCUCUACCCACUUGAAAGGACAAUGCCCAUCAAAAGCUUUCUGUCACCUUCCCUCUCCACCAUCACUUUCAAUGCUGCUAGGAAGCAUAAUCAAAUUCCAUAAGGAGCUUAAUGACCCAACAAAAGAUGAUUUGAAUUUGGCAAUAUUAAGAGAGCUGAUUGCUCAUUUUAAAUUAGUUUAAGGCAAAGUGGUCUCAGCAGGCCCAAAAGUACGAGCAUGAGCCUUUAAUUACAGUUUGUUGAAUGAAAAGAUUAUUUAAAAGCUCACAAUGUGCUUCAUAUGUCAGACUGAUACCUAGUAAUACGUAGCUUGUGUAGGGGUAAAUCUACAAGUGAUUCUUUGCCAGUCAAAGCCUGAAGAUCUAUUGUUUACCACUCUGUGCCUUAGAUGACAGAAAUGGGUAGUUAUAUAGAAUUAUUUCAAUUAAGUGUUUUGUAUGAAUAUUGUUCUGUUUGUAUAAUUGCCAGUUUAGGUUUUGCCUCUAGGUAUUGUACAUAAUCGCCUUUUUAAGUUUUGUAUUUUUUUUUUUAGAUUAAGGUUUUUUUUUAUACACAGCAGUGCUGGUUGAUUAAUAAUGUCCCUAUUUUGUUAUUCAGAGGAUUAAUAUUAGCCUCUAUAUGGUAUGUGUACAUAGGAAUUUAUCUAUUUUUGUUUUAUACCAUAUGAUAUUCUCUGUAAAUAGUUGCUUCUAUGUACACUCACACAACCCUCUAUACUGCAGGGGUAGGCAACCUUCGGCACUCCAGAUGUCGUGGACUGCAUCCCCCAUAAUGCUGGCAAAGCAUCAUGAGUGGUGUAGUACAAAACAUCUGCAGUGCCGAAGGUUGCCUAUGUAUGCUCUAUAGCUUAGUUCAUCCCAAGUAGGUAAACAGUGAAAUGUUUGAACAGAAAGACUGCAACAUUUAUGCAGGAGCUUAGUCAAAUGGUAAACAUGCAUGCACUUAUUUCCUUUACUGAAGCAUGAGUACAUUUAAUUGAAACCAGAAGGCAUGUCUGUUAAAUAUUUAAUUUGGGUCUCUACUGGUCUGAUUUAUUCAGGUACUGAUUUUGGUGCUGGCUUUAAAUAUCAACAAAUGUCGUUAUAGGAAAGGCAGAAAUUAUUCUAGACUUUUACAGCUGGGAUCUACCUAUUUCUAAUUUCUUACAGAUAAAUGCGAUAAGGACACAUUUAAGGCAGGCUAAGCCUAUAACAUAAUUAUGGAUGAAAUAGGAUUAUUUGGAACUUGUAGUUACAGUUGUAUGAGGGGACACCUAUACGUAGUUGCACAGCUAGGUGUUCUUUUAAUUUCUCCCAAUCAGAAGUGAAACUGCAGAGAUUCCAAACAAAAUAAUCAAUUGUCCACUGUAUCAUCAAAGUAGCUUGCCAUAAAGGACUACUUUGUCUAAUGUAAGAAGUAAUCUUUGGCAAAUGGGAAGAGACUCCUUCGCCACAUCAUGCCACUUCCCAUCAGCUAUCACUAACAGCAGCUGAUAAAAACAGGCAACAUCUUGCGAGAUGUGUCUCAGAUGCCUAGGCACAUGAGAGAAUAUCUAUGGAAGUGUCUACAGAAGAUUCUGUGAGACUGUUUUUGCUAGGUUUUAUUUUGGUUAUUGUGCCAAUAGCAAGGUGAUAUAUCUGCCUUAAACCUGCAUUUAAUUUAGUGUUUUGAAAAUGUAAAAGGCUGUAACAAACUUCUGGCUCACAUAAAUCCAAAAAGCUUUAAAGGAAAACUAUAGUGUCAGGAAUACAAACAUGUAUUCCUGACACUAAAGUGCAUGUGUGGCUGUUUAGGUCCACAGCUCCACAUGGUUCACUUUGAAAAGGUAAUUCUACUCACCCUUUCUAAAUCGCUGUGGCUGACCCUGUCUCCACGAUUGAGAUCAAUUUUGAGGAUCUCAGCCAAUCCAAUGCUUUCCAAUGGGAAAGUAUUGUGGGGCUAUUAUUGGGCAUGAGCAGCAAAACGCCACACUGCGCCAAUCAGCAUCCCCUCGUGGAGAUGCUUUGAAUCAAUACAUCUUUGAAUGUUCAGCACUGACCUAGGAAGCACCUCUAGUGGCCAUCUGAGUGACAGCCACUAGAGGUGUUACUAGGCAGCAAUGUAAACACUGACUUUUCUCUGAAAAGGCAUUGUUUACAUUGAAAAGUUUGCAGGGACAGGCUACAUUAAGCUGCAGUGGUCCUGGUGACUAUAGUAUCCCUUUAAACUGCUUAGACAUGUUAUUUUGGAGCAAAGUUGAGUGGUUUUUUUUUGUUUGUUUUUUUACUGGUGGAAAACCAUUAUUUUCCACAUUAGCAUUUAAACAGAUUCAAUAAAAUAGUACAGAUAUUUUACACUAAGGUGACAUUUCCAAAGUUUUGUAUCCAAUGAAUCAAAGCCCUCCCCCUUUCCUUCUGUUAUAAGUGUCACAAUACAUAUUUUAAUGAUGUUCUCUGAAUACAGAACUGUUUUUUGUCUGUUUCUGCUAAUAUGUCUAUGAACCACAAACCAGGAAAAUAAUAAAUGAUACUCAGUAUGCCAAGGCUUGUAAUGUACAUUCCAAAUAUGACAAAAUGAGACUUUAAGAUCAAGAUUAUAUUUUCUUUUCAUGUUGUUACCUAUAAAAAGGAUACAACCAAGGAUGUACAAAUAUUUGCAAGGUAAAAAACCUGCUAACCAGAUUUACUAUAAUACUUUUAGGGGCUAUUGACCAGAUAUAUCUAAUGAGAACUGUAUAAAAUACCAUUAUUUUGGUAGCUGUUUCUGCAUGGCGCUGAUAUGUAGAUCCGUUCCUCACUCCUUACCUAACCCCUGUAUAUGAAAUCUACAAAUUAAAGUUAUGGGCUGCAUAAUUGUUUUUACGACAGACCAUUUUUAGAGUCACAUUGUCAAGAUAUUCAAGGGACUAACAUUAAAAGCAAGCCUAGUGAGGAUGCUUAAAAAAACUAGGGUUACUGAUGAUGUCCCACUUAAAGCUGCUGACAGUGUAGAUCCUCAUUUACAAAACUUAUUUGUAUAUGUAUAUUUUUUUCAAGCCAUAUUGUGAAUUGGGUUUUACUAAUAGACUGAGAGCAUCAGCUGACCACUCUCAGCCUAUCAAUGUCACCAAGUCGAAGGUUUCCUGUUGCAAGCUUUGGACUCUAAAGGAAGUGGAGGGGGCUUAGCUGAAUAACACUGGACAUAAGUCCUUGGGUUUAAAGCAUUCGAUCAACUAUAUUCUGAUUUAGUUGUUAUGGUGCCUGGUUACUCUGUUAAAGGUAAUGCUACUAUGCACUGUAUUCACAUUGUAAACACCAUCCAGAGGUAAAAUACUGCUAAACAUUGAAUUUGUCGAUCUGACAACAUGUCUUAAACUUGAGAAUUUUCCCAAAAUUAGUAUACGGAGAUACAGAACACACCUGCUCAAAAUUUGUUGCUCUUGAGUUAUUCUUCAAUAAUUCUUUGACAGCCUACAAAAUUGAAUUGGUUCACUUCAUAUCUGCCUCAGAGAGGAUCAUCAGAGAUGUUGUGACCCAAAUCUCCUACUUUUGUGCUAUAUCGCAGGCACUGAAUUGUUAGCGAUCAUGUUGGCUACCUCAGCCUGCCAUUUGGGUUUUUGCUUUUUUUUCUAUGAAAAGAGUCAUUAUUUGCAAUUUUAUCUGUACAAAUGUUCAGUGUAAAUAAUUAUAUAUUAUAUUCACAUAUUGGUAGCAUGUAUUCAUAACCCUCCCGUGCCAUAAUUACAAAUUAAGUUCAAGUGUAUAUUAUCUUUGUCAUUGUGUCCAAAAUAAAAAAUUAAAGAGGAUAUAAAAAUAAUGUGACAUUCAUGAAAAGUUAUUCAAUGUUGGCAAAAGGAAUUGUGAAAAGAUUCCCAUGUAACAUCUACACAUAAUUCUCAUGUCCUUCUGAAUGAUUUGCAGCACUUCAUGAUAAUGAACAAUCAACAUUGAUAAAAAAUAAAUAAAAAAAAUCGAUUUUUAAAAAACUUUAUAACCCAAAGGCUGAUCAGCAUGAAAUAUGGAUUAAUUGGGUAGCAUGAGGCGGGAUAUUCAAGGAAUAUUUCCUUUUUUGUUGUAAAUGAAUUCUAUUAAUCUAAGUUUUUGAAAUUGUGCCUGCAGAGAUAAAAUGCACCUUUUCACAGCAAAUUGUUACAUAAAACACGUUUGGAAAAAAACUUUUGAGCCCAUUGUUAUUCUACUAAUCUAUGUAUACAAAAUGAACACCUUUAAUUUAAGUUUUUCCCCCAAACUUGAGUGAUAAACCAGUUAAACUGGAGAUAGUUCAACUUGCCAUUAUUUCAUAUGUAUCUAUGUAUUGCUAAAGAUAUAUAACGCAAUUAGUUUUGAUAUAACUGUUAAACUAAUCUGAAAAUGUAUUAUCAUAUAUAUUUAAAAAAAAAUAGAAACAAAAAUUAGAAUAUAAAGGAACCGUAUAGGUAAUAAAAAUGCAUAUGCUUGUUUCCCACCCAACA